AGAUCACCCUUGACCUCAGCCCAACUGGCUUCAACAUAGUUAGAGCGCUGUUCAUGUAUGAGGGACCUCUACCAAGUUCGAGCAUCAUGGAACCUUCGGAUAGCACAGGCGAAUCUACAAGCGGACAUCAGCCGAAACGCGACGCUGUGAGGUUCUCGUCUACCUUGAGCUUGUACAUGACAUUGCUGGGAUAUUCCCUGGGAUUUUCCGACAUUUGGAGAUUCCCUUUCCUAGCCUACAGGAACGGUGGAGGGGCUUUUUUAAUACCUUUCCUUAUCAUGGCCUUUGUUUGCGGAGUUCCGUUAUAUUUCAUGGAAUUCUCGAUAUCAAAGUUCUCUGGAAGAGGACCAUAUCAGGUCUGGGACUUUUGUCCCUUAUUCAGAGGAGUGGGAAUGGCAGUUUCGAUGGCGUACUUUAUAUACAUAGUCGGUUCAAGUAUCUUUCGUUGCUGGUUUUUUGAGUUUGCCUAUUAUACAUUCAAUAAUCCGAUCCCAUUUACAACUUGCAAUAACCAUUGGAACACAAAAACUUGCAUGAAUGAAACAUUCGAACUACACUUCAAUGAAUCUUCUGUGGUGAACAUGAAUAUGACUACUUUGUCAACAAUGUAUGUGAAGAAUGACGUCCAUACAUCCACGAUCGAGAUACCAAGAAUGUCCGCUGCAGAGGAGUUUUGGCAAUUCCAAGCAUUGAAACUAUCAUCAGGUAUCGACGAUUAUUCGCAUUUUAUAUGGAAGUACGUCCUCGUGAUGUUUGUCUUUCGAAUAUUUGUGUCGUUAACUGUCGUCAAAAGUAUAAAAACCAUUGAAAAGGUCAUCUAUGUGACGCUUAUUUUUCCGAUUCUGUUUUCUGUGGCGUUAUUUAUUCGGUCACUUUUGUUACCUGGAUCAUCAGAUGGAAUAUAUUAUUUUUUCUAUCCUAAUUUUGCUCUUCUAUUGGAACCGAGGCUGUCCUUGUUAAAGGUUUGGAUUGAGGCUACAUUGAUGGCGUUCUAUACGCUUUCUUUUGGAUGGGGGUCGCUCAUGACUAUGGGAUCACAUGCAUCCUUUGGAGAUAAUAGUUACAGGACAGCGUUUGUUUGUACUUUCCUGGACGUGGGAAUGGCUGCUUUUAAUGGAUUGGUUUGCUUCUCCGUUCUGGGCAACAUGGCACACACCUUCGAGGUCCCGGUCACCGAGGUGAUCAAUGCAGGGUUUUCCACUGGUUUGGUAUCGUAUAUCACAGCCCUCAGCACUUUGCCCAUGCCUCAACUCUGGACAUUUCUAUUCCUAUUGUCAGGAGUCUUGUAUGGAACGGAAGGGCAGAUGAUUCCGAUUGAAAUGAUGGUUCAGCUGAUUGGCGACUUGUUCCCGAGACUAAAGGCUGGGUUCCGUAUUCCAACCUUGAUUGUUAUAACUGCAGCCAUGUUUGUCCUCUCAUUUCCGACUUGCACAGGCGCCGGAGCAUACAUUUUCUUGCUGGUAGACUGGUACGCCGGAUCAUGGACGGGACCCAUCGUUGCUUUAAUCGAGGUCAUAGCAGUUGCUUGGGUAUAUGGAUUGGACCGUUUUAGUGAAGAUGUACAAUUAAUGCUUGGCCGGCCUCUUCAUGCAGUGUAUAGGUUGCUCCUUGCUUUCGUGUCGCCUUCGAUCGUGCUGGUUAUAUUUUUCAUGAGUUGUGUGAAGUACGUUCCCCCAAACUACGGGUCGUAUAAAUACCCUGGUUACGCACAAGCUAUUGGGUGGGGAAUGGUGGUGAUCAUCGUGGCCCCGAUAUUCGGCUACGCUGUUCUCAAUAUCUACCGGGCCAAAGGCACCCUUACCCAGAGAAUCAGUUCCCUGUGUAGACCCACCGACACGUGGGGACCAUGCGGGGAUGGAAUGGAUUGCAACUACAGGAAUAACAGAAUCAAAUACUCGGAGAGAACUUUCUGGGAUCUGUUUUACUUCAAUGUGUUUGGUCGAUAUCCAAAUAAUUCUGCCAUGAAAUUAUUGUUAGAACAUGAACUGACUGUUCUUAGAUCCUAAAAGAAUGAGUUUGCGUAAAAUCAAAUUUAUUUACAAUUUAUAAGACUCUUCUGAUCAAGUUGAAAAUUGGCUCAGUUAAACCACCUACAUGUAUACUCUUAACUUACAAUUAUUUUGUCAUCAUGGGUUAUUAUAAUAAGUAUAAUUAUAUGUCAACCGCGAAAUGGGAAGUGAUUGAACAAUAAUGAUUUAAUAGUACCACUCACAUAACUAAAGCGAUAUAUGACAAUAUUUAAUUUGAUGCAGUUAGGUCUAAGAGAAUAUUAAAAUAUGCGGGCUUUUAUCAAACUUGUCCAAUUACAGUAUGCAUGCCUACAAGUAUAAAUAUUGCUUUGAAGUUUUUAAGGAUUGUAUAAGAAACUAUUAAAAUGGCAUAGAC